CCCGGAAGUGGAAGUGGCCGCGGCUGGGCGGGGCUGAAAUGUAGCGUGCAGAAGAAAGUUCCGACUUCAAUGUUGAGAUGAAUCGUCACCUAUAUGUUUGGCUUUUUAGACAUCCAUCCCUGAAUGUUCAUCCCUGGUGUCACAGCUAUGUCCAUUCUUAUCAAUUUAAACAGCUACAUCUUAAAACAAGGCUGUGUGUUCUUGGACAAAAUGAUAAUUACAUUCUCCACUAUAUUUUAAGUAAUUGGUCCAGGAAAUACUGUCAUCGAGAUACCAGGAUGAUCUGGAAGCAUAAAACAUUUCAGAAAUAUAUGGAAGACCUAACUAAAGAGUACCAAACACUUGGUCAGUCUCUGCAGGAGAUCCCUGUGGAUGAAGCAGACCGAAGGGAUAUGACCCAAAGGCAUGCUGAGUUGGCGCCACUUGCAGCCAUUUAUCAAGAAAUUCAGAAAGCUGAACAAGCAGUUGAAGAAUUAGAAUCAAUGUGCAAAAGUCUAAAUGAACAAGAGGAAAAGCAGUUACAGGAGCUUGCAUUAGAAGAAAGGGACACCAUUGAUCAAAAAAUCAACACACUCUAUGGGGAGCUUUAUGAGAGUUUGUUGCCAAAGGAAAAAUAUGACAAAAAUGAUGUUAUUUUAGAGGUGACAUCCGGAAGAACUACUGGAGGCGAUAUCUGCCAACAGUUUACCCGAGAAAUAUUUGACAUGUAUCAGAAUUAUUCAUGCUAUAAGCACUGGAAAUUUGAACUUCUGAAUUAUACACCAGCAGAUUAUGGUGGACUACAUCAUGCAGCUGCCCGAAUUUCUGGUGAGAAUGUCUAUAAGCAUUUGAAGUAUGAAGGUGGGAUUCACCGAGUUCAGCGAAUCCCUGAAGUGGGCCUGUCAUCAAGAAUGCAACGUAUUCACACAGGAACUAUGUCAGUCAUUGUCCUUCCUCAGCCAGAUGAGGUAGAUGUAAAAGUAGACCACAGGGACCUGCGAAUAGAUACAUUUCGAGCCAAAGGAGCAGGAGGGCAGCAUGUUAAUACAACAGACAGUGCUGUCAGGCUUGUCCAUAUCCCCACAGGGUUAGUAGUAGAAUGCCAACAAGAACGCUCACAGCUGAAGAAUAAAGAAAUAGCUCUGCGUGUGUUAAGAGCUAGACUCUACCAACAAAUUAUUCAGAAAGACCAGUGUCAGCAACAAAGUGCUAGAAAACUUCAGGUUGGAACUAGAGCCCAAUCAGAGAGAAUUCGGACAUAUAAUUUCACUCAGGAUAGAGUCACUGACCACAGGAUAGCAUAUGAAGUUCGUGACAUUAAGGAAUUUUUAUGUGGCAAAAAGUGCCUGGAUCAGCUAAUUCAGAGACUGCUUCAGUCAGCAAAUAAAGAAGCCAUUGUUGAACUUUUGGAUGAAAACCUUAAGUCAGUAAAAUAAAAUCGCUGAUUUAUUAUUUAUUAUUAUAUAAAUGGAAUGGGCCUAUCAAGACAGUGAAAUAUUUAUGAAUAUUCAUAAAUGAAGCUAUAAAUAAAUAUAAAUAUA